ACUUGAAUUCUUUAUCCGUGUGCCGAUAAAUACAAUUGUGGUGAAAUAUUUCCCAUAUAUAUUUUGAAACUGUGUUGUUUUAACUGGGUUAGUUGCUGAUUCAAUACAAACAAACCUAAAAUGGGCAGCGAUUCAUCCAAAGCAGUCGGAGUUGUGGAAACCGCCGCAGUUCCCGCAACCGCCGCAGCCAAAGUGACGGACGCAGCGGCCGCCGGUGAGAAACCCAAGUGCAAAGCUUGCUGCGCUUGUCCCGAAACAAAACGUGCACGUGACCAAUGCAUUGUGGAGAACGGCGAGGAAAAUUGCACAAAGCUCAUUGAAGCGCAUAAACAGUGCAUGCGAGAUGCUGGCUUUAAAAUCUAGAGAUGCCGAAUAAUUAAUAAUUAUUAUAAAUCCUUAAUAUAAAUCCCUUUUUUUUUGCUUCUUCGGUUGUUAUAUCUCAUGCUAAUUAUAGUUAAUUUAAUUGAAACCAUAAACCAAAAUUGUUAAACGACAA